AUGUGCUGGCCUUGUGAGGCCUUCCCUAAUAGCCUGGGAACAGCCCUGGCUGGAAAGCCAAGAGAGAAUCUCCAGUUGCAGAAGAAGACAGGUCAGGUGUCCAGAGGGUCCUACUCUGAGAAGCCCAAGGUUCCUGCAGCGCCAACUGCAGAGGACAAAGCCGCUACUGUCAUUCAGUCUGCCUUCCGGCAGCAUCUUGCACGAAAGGAGCUGGCUCGCCGAAGGCAGGAGCGUCAGGAGUACCUGGAUGAGAUGGAGAAGCUGCAGAGAGAGGCUUACCUGGCCUUGGUGCGCAGGGAGCAGGAGGAAGCACGGCGACAGCGCGAGCAGGAGGAGGCGGCAGAGCGUGCUCGGCGGGAGGAGCUGCAGCGCCGCCGCCGCCUGCUGGAGGCUGCCUUCGAAGGGGACCUGGGAGAGAUCCGCGCCGUGCUUAAGGAGGUGGAGCAGCUGCUGACGCGCGAAGGCGUGGGCCACGACGAGGUGGGCAAGGCUCGGCGGCUGCAGAGGCGCGUGGCCACCGUGGAGUGCGAAGACAGCCACGGGAACACGCCUCUAUCCGAGGCGGCGGCGGGCGGGCAGGCCAUGGCCAUCCAGCUGCUGGCGGAGCUGGGUGCCAGCCCUAACAGCAAGGGCGCCUUCGGUCGCACACCGCUCUACCGGGCAGCCUUUGGAGGCCACCUGGAAGCCGUAGAGGUGCUGCUGAAGCUCGGAGCAGACCCUCGGGUAUACGCGGAUGACGGGAGCACUCCGGAGCAGGUGGCCUCCCUGGACACGGUGGCCAGCGUGCUGCAGUCGUGGGACCUGAGCCUCACAGAGGCCAUGCUUCAGAACAUGGAGGCUGAGCAGCAGCGCCGGGCCCAGGAGGCCCAAAAACACAAGGAGGCUGAGGCCAAGCGCAUCAACCUCAAGGUGCAGCAGCUGGCCAAGGAGCAGCAGAAGUGUCACAAGGAGCUACAACAAGCCUACUGUGAGCUCAAUCGGAGGAUCAUGGAACAUGACAAGUGUGAGAGGAAGUGCAUGGGCAAGACGGAGCUCACACUGCAGGCCAUCAAGGACGCAGAGGCCCAAGUGGACAGGUUGCGGCAGGAGGCACAGAAGGCCGAGGAGACACUGGCCAUGGCCAGGCUGGAGCUGAGGGAGCAGACCCAGGAGGACGAGGAGAUGGCAGCGCCUGGGCUCAAGUGCCAGGUCACGGAGCUUCAUGACGUGCUGAUGAAGGAUGUAGGUGACCGCAUCCGUGCGGAUGGACGGUGGCCUCUUGUCAUCGACCCUUCUGGUCAGGCAGCCACUUUCUUGAGAUACCAGGACACCAACUACGUGGACACCGUAAACCCAGAGCACAUGAGACCCGAGACGAUUCGGCUGGCUCUGCUGGGGGCACUCAGGUACGGGAAGCCACUGGUGUUUGACCUGCGUGAAGUGGACCUGUUUGCAGCAGUGCAGCAGCAGCUGGAGGCGGUGCAGCCUGGCCUGGCACAGGCACUGUUGAGUCGCGGGCUGCUGGCACAGGAAGGGUAUCUGUCACUGUUACGGCCCACUGACGGACCUGAGUAUGACCCCUCCCAGUUCCAAGAGGCACGCCUGGAGAACUUCCGCCUCUUCUUUGUCACCCGAGUUCAGUGGCCACCAGCUGACCAGCUGCAGCUCCUGCUCCCAAUCCAUGUGCAGCUGUCCAGGGGUGGCUUCUAGUUGUACCCCAAUAAAGCAUCUGUG